CCUCGCCGGGCCGACUUUGCUCCCUGGUUAAGAGUGCGCCUGCGCGGUCGCUGGGGGCUCGCCACCUCCGCCUCCCCUCCCCCUGACGCCCCGUGGGGGCUCCCGGCCCGGCGGGACCAUGUUCACCAGCACCGGCUCCAGUGGGCUUUACAAGGCGCCGCUGUCCAAGAGCCUUUUGCUGGUCCCCAGUGCCCUGUCCCUUCUGCUGACCCUCCUGCUGCCCCACUGUCAGAAGCCCUUCGCGUAUGACCUCCAUGCUGUCAAGAACGACUUCCAGGUUUGGAGGCUGAUAUGUGGAAGAAUAGUUUGCCUUGACUUGAAAGAUACUUUCUGCAGUAGUCUUCUUAUUUAUAACUUCAGAAUAUUUGAAAGAAGAUAUGGGAGCAGGAAGUUUGCAUCCUUCUUGCUGGGCUCCUGGGUCUUGUCAGCCUUGUUUGACCUAAUUCUUGUGGAAGCUGUGCAGUAUUUGAUUGGUGUCACUGUGGCCAAUAAUCUGCCUUCUGGAUUCCUGGCGCCCGUGUUUGCUCUCUUUGUACCGUUUUACCGCUCCAUCCCAAGAGUCCAAGUGGCACAAAUCCUGGGCCCGUUGUCCAUCACAAACAAGACACUGAUUUAUAUAUUGGGACUACAGCUUUUCACCUCUGGUUCCUACAUCUGGAUUGUAGCCAUAAGUGGACUUAUUGCCGGCAUGUGCUAUGACUGCCAAGUGUUCCAGGUUCACCAGGUGCUCCGCAUCCCUGGCAGCAUGGCCCAGUUCUUCUCCUGGGCCCUUGAGCCUGUCUUCUCGUCCUCAGAGCCCACCAGCGAGGCCAGAGUUGGGAUGGGAGCCACAGUGGACAUCCAGAGGCAGCAGAGGGUGGAGCAGCUUGACCGGCAGCUGAUGCUCUCUCAGUAUGCACACGUGAGGCGACAGAGGCAGCAGCAGGGAGGAAUGAUCAAUUGGAAUCGGCUUUUCCCCCCUUUACGUCAGCGACGAAAUAUCAACUAUCAAGAUGGUCCUCGAUCUGAACAGCGAGCAUCUCCUCCCCUGGAAGUUUCUGAGGAGCAGGUUGCCCGGCUCAUGGAGAUGGGAUUUUCCAGAGGGGAUGCCUUGGAGGCCCUGAGGGCCUCAAACAAUGACCUCAAUGUGGCCACCAACUUCCUGCUGCAGCACUGACAUUCAGCCCAGCUGUUGAGUGACAGUGGCAUGUCCCUGCCACCACAUCAGCCUGAGGACCCAGCAGACUCCAGCACAGAUGUCCUCAAGAGGAGAGGGUGGUCCCCACCAUACACUGUCCUUAACUCCAAGAUGGUUACCAUUGUAGUAUCAGAUAAGUUUGCCAUUAAAUUAGCAUGUAUUUUCUA